GAGCUCUGCCUGCUGCUGCCUCCGCUCUGCUCCGGCGGCCGACGAAGCCCGGCAAGCCGGGAGCCGCCGGCAUGGGGCCCGCUGAGGAGCUGGUCCGCAUUGCCAAGAAACUGGAUAAGAUGGUGGCCAGGAAGAGCACGGAAGGGGCACUGGAUCUGCUCAAGUCCCUCACUGGCUACACCAUGACCAUCCAGCUGCUCCAGACCACACGGAUCGGGGUGGCUGUCAACUCGGUGCGGAAACACUGCUCGGAUGAAGAGGUGGUGACAUCGGCCAAAAUCCUCAUCAAGAACUGGAAGCGGCUGCUGGAGUCCACCACCCCAAAAAAGGAGAAGGAUGUGGAUGGGAAGAAGGAGAAGGAUAUGGACGGGGAGAAGGAGAAGAAGGAGAAGGGACUGGAUUUUCCCAACUGCCCCAACGAAGGGGUGAAGCACCCCAAGAGCUCAGUGGAGAAACACAGGGAGAAGCACAAGGAGAGGAAGCCCAGCAAGUCCAGCUCUCGUGUCCCCACGCCCCGGGGCCACCCUCCUGACUCCAUCCCAGAGAGAGAGUCCAGCGACAGCCGGAGCCCCACUGCGUCCUUGAAGAAGUCACCUCUGGAUGGCAAGAAAGAGAGGAGAGACUCUGCUGACUCGAAGUCCUCCACCACCUUGGCCGUCUCCUCUUCCUCCCCACAGAAGAGACCAUCAGGGGAGAGGAGACCCUCUGCGGGCACCAGCCCCUCGUCAGCUCCCACCAGCUCUCGGAGAAACUCCAGCGACAGCAAAGAGGAAAGAGCCAACAGCAGCAAGGCCAAACCGGAGACACCACGGACCCCCACCACCCCCACCUUCUCGCCCAGCCCCUGCCUCCUGGCCCCCUGCUAUCUCACGGGGGACUCGGUGCGGGACAAGUGCAUCGAGAUGCUGACAGCUGCCCUCCGCAUGGAUGAUGACUACAAGGAAUUCGGUGUCAACUGCGAAAAGAUGGCAUCAGAGAUUGAAGACCAUAUCUUCCAGGAACUGAAGAGCACAGACAUGAAGUAUCGCAACCGGGUGAGGAGCAGGAUCAGCAACCUGAAGGACCCCAAGAACCCCAGUCUGCGGAGGAACGUGCUGUGCGGGGCCAUCCUGCCCAGCCUCAUCGCCCGCAUGACCGCCGAGGAGAUGGCCAGCGACGAGCUGAAGGAGCUGAGGAAUGCCAUGACCCAGGAGGCCAUCCGGGAGCACCAGAUGGCCAAGACGGGUGGCACCGUCACCGACCUCUUCCAGUGCGGCAAGUGCAAGAAGAAGAACUGCACAUACAACCAGGUGCAGACGCGCAGCGCCGACGAGCCCAUGACGACAUUCGUGCUGUGCAAUGAAUGCGGGAACCGCUGGAAGUUCUGCUGAUGGCGCCCGGCGAUGGGGCUGGAGGGAGAUGUGAGACGGGAUGCUGUGACGGCCACAUCGGGCAGCUGGGGUGGGGAGGGAGGGUGACGAGGCAGCACCAGUCCCUGCACCCUGGCUCCCUGUUUCCUGGCACUGGGCUCCCUUGAACAUCCCGUGGAGCCAGGCAACAGGCGGGCUUGCUUGAGAAGACCCUGGUGAAUUCAAGCAGCUCCUUGUGUGAAUACCUGCUCUUUGCUGGGAGCCCACUGGGAACAGACUGGAAAGGGAGACUGGUCUGACUGGGGAAGCUUGCCCUUCCCUGGGGGAAACCUGGACUUGGAUGAUUUGGGGGCAGGAGGGACAUUGCCCCGUGGACACGGGGCUGUCCUGCGGGCCAGGGGUGGGAAAGGGCCAGGUUUUAACCCAAACACAUUCUUCCUCACCUAAGUGCACGCAGUGGGAGGACACAGAGGGAGGUUGCAGGGUGUCCAGACGCCGGUGGGAUGCCACUGUGUCCCUCCACCCUGUAACACAUGGACCAUCCAUCCUGGCUCGAGGGCAUGGUGUCCCCAGGAAGGAAGAAGAGAUGGCUGGGAGAGGAGUGGGGAAAAACCCUCCAGCUAGAGCAAUAAAGGUGUGAA